AUUCACAACGCUACUUACAUGUCGCUAUUCUUAGACAUAUAAUACUAAAGACAGACGGGCGCUAAACCGCUUGAUCAUUGAUUGCGAGAUCAUCAGGCGUCGAAGUCUCUCCCUCCCUCACUCUCGCUCACACGUCUCUCGUUUCUCACUCAUUCGCUCUUUUAUCCGAUUCACUCAUCCCCCACAUCCCCCCUUCGCUUCUUUCAUCACCAAAUCCCUUACCGAUGCGCCACUUCUUCGACAAUGUGGUGGUCAUCCCGUUUUCUCAGUCUUCUGAUCGCCUGCACGACCGCAACGUUGGUGUCGGCCACCCGGCUGAUCGAAUCCAAUGCGCUGAGCCUCUGCCAGAACAGCCCGAACUUCACAGCCACGUAUUUCAACGUCCGCUUCACCCCCAACAACCAGUCUCUGACCCUCAGCUUCGAUGGGGUCGCGGCCAUUUCCGGCUAUGUCACCGCCGAUGUGGUCAUCUAUGUCUAUGGCUAUGAGAUGACCAUCGAGACCCUGAAUCCGUGCACGAUGAACCUGCCCGGUCUCUGCCCCAUGAAUGCGGGGGACAUCAACGUUGCGAAUGCCAACCUUGUGAUUCCUGACGACGUCGUCAAAAGGAUCCCAGGAAUCGCAUAUACCGUUCCCGAUCUGGAUGCCUCCGUCCGCGUGUACAUCAACUCCACCGAUGCCGGCGGAGAAAGCAUCGCCUGCCUCGAAGCGACCUUGUCGAAUGGGAAGACCGUCUAUCAGAAAGGCGUGGGAUGGGCCACGGCCGUCAUCUCGGGAGUUGGCCUGAUCGCGUCCGCCGUCACGGCCAGUCUGGGCAAUUCCAACACCGCCGCCCACGUCGCCGCCAACGUGCUGGCCUUCUUCGGUUUCAUGCAAGCGCAGGCGAUGUUCGGCAUGAUUUCGGUUCACAUGCCGCCCAUCGUCACCGCCUGGACGCAGAAUUUCCAGUGGAGCAUGGGGAUCAUCCGAGUGACUUUUGUGGAGCGGAUCUGUACCUGGUAUCAACGGGCCACGGGCGGCACUCCCGGCACGGUGCUUUCGGAGCUGUCGACAGUGUCGGUGGAGGUCAUGCGGCGCAAGAAGCGAUCGAUCGAGCGCGCGGCCCUCGGCCUCUUCAAGCGGGACAGCCAGGGCAACACGGCCAAGACCGGGACCGUCGUCGUCCGUGGGAUCAAGCGGGUCGGGUUUACGGCGGGGAUUGAGGGGACCAACAUUUUCCUGACCGGGCUGAUCUUCUUUGUGUUUGGCGUCGCGGUGGUGAUGAUCAUCGUCGGGCUUUUGAAGGCUGUGUCCCAGCUGCUGGCGCGACACGGAAAGAUCAAACGGGACCAGUUCGCCGACUUUCAUGUGUCCAAGGGGAUCUUGUAUCGGAUGAUGCAGAUUGGGUUCCCCCAGAUGUGUGUUCUGUGCUUGUGGGAGUUCACCCAGCAUGAUUCCGCGGCGGAAGUGCUUCUGGCGGCGGUCAUGUUGCUGUCCGUGGUGGGUGCCUUGGGCUGGGCGGCGGUCCAAGUGAUCAUCAUCGCGCGCAACUCGGUGGGAAUGCAUCGGAACCCCGCGUUUAUCCUGUACUCGGACGAGACGUGUCUGAACAAGCUGGGGUUUCUGUACGUCCAGUACCGCGCCACCGCCUAUUACUUCCUCGUCCCCGCCAUGCUGUAUGUCCUGGUCAAAGCGCUGUUCAUCGGCCUGAGCCAGCCGGCGCCGAUUGUGCAGACGGUCGCCCUGGUGAUCAUCGAGACGUCGAUGCUAAUUGCGAUUAGCAUUUUGCGCCCGUGGAUGGACCGAAAAACCAACGGAUACAACGUGGCGAUCGGCGCGAUCAAUUUUCUGAAUGCGAUCUUCCUGCUGUUCUUCUCGCAGGUGUUCGACCAGCCGGGACUGGUGACGGGCGUCAUGGGGGUGAUCUUCUUCGUGUACAACGCGGCCUUUGUGUUGGUUCUGUUGGUGCUGGUUCUGGUCACCUCGGGGUUCGCCAUCUUCUCGAAGAACCCGGAUCUGCGAUACCAGCCGAUGCGCGACGACCGCGGCUCGUUCAUCAAGUCGCAGAGCCAGCUGGGGAUGACGGAGCUGGAUGCGCUGGGAUCGACGGCCCGGGGGGAGAGUCCGCUGAAGCGGUUCUACAUGGCGGGCGAGGGGAAUGUGUCGAGUGGUACGGGGGUUGGGGGUCCGGGCAGUCGCGACAGCAUUCCCAGCAGCGCAAGGGGGAGUCCGGUGGGCGAUGUCUCGGAGCGGGUGCACGCUGCAUGAUUCUGAAUGACUGAUACGAUGGCGUUGACUAUUUGAAUGAUUUACUGGGAUCUGGUGGGAAAAGGGCGUCUUCGAUUUUACUGGAUCUACGGUUGAACAGGAGGAGCUUUUCUGCCAAUGGAUGUCUUUGCUUGAUUGUGAUUGUUAUUUGUAGCGUCGACCUGUCGUAGCCACCUCCACUUUCC